AAUUUGUGACGUGGAAAUGUUUACAGUAUCCGGAAGUGUGGCCGCGACCAUCUGGGAUGGUAUUCUUUCCUUUGGAAGCAAUUUUACAAAUAGUUUAUGAUACCAUAUUCUUAAUUAUGCCGGAUAUUUGAACGAACAUGGUCUGCAUCUGUAUUGUAAGAGGGAGGUCUUGCUAACUAGCUAGCUACGAUGUCUUGUUGAAUUAUAUGAUAAGCUAGCCGGCUAGCUGGCUAACAACAGCUACUAUAGUAAUCUCUUUGACACAACUUUACAAGGCCAACGUUCGCUAGCAACCACCAGCCUGGUCGCAUGGAUCAUUACAUUUGUUGAAUUUCAGCCUAGCUAUACAAAUGGAUGACAAAUACAGUAGCAAUGUACUUUCCAGUGGACAGCUUGGCAGGGUUGAAGUACCGAAUGCCAGGCUAACCAGGUACAUAGUGUUACUGCUUGUGUCCAAGGUGUUGAAGGCACUUGGGAUCUUUGAAUCAUAUGACCUCCUCAAAGUUGUCCAUAUUGUUCAGUUCAUCUUCAUACUAAAAUUGGGGUGUGCAGUGAUUUUGGUUUUCUUCCAAAAACCAUUCUCUUCUGGGAAAGCAAUUUCAAAGAGACAGUGGAUUAAGCUUCUCAAACAUUCGGUCAUCAGCUGCAUCAUUUCCCUCCUGGGUUUCUUUGGUCUCACUCUCUGUGGACCUUUAAGGACGCUGUUACUGUUUGAGCACAGCGAUGUGGUGGUCAUCGCACUCCUCAGUGUUAUAUUCACAAGCUCAGGAGGUGGCCCCUCCAAGACCAGAGGUGCUGCUCUUUUCAUUAUCGCUGUCAUCUGUCUCCUUCUCUUUGACAAUGAUGACCUCAUGGCAAAGAUGGCGGAACAUCCUGAAGGACACCAUGACAGUGCCCUCACUCAUGCUCUCUAUACUGCUAUUGCAUUCUUGGGGGUAGCAGAUCACAAGGGUGGGGUUGUGUUGCUGGUGGUGUCUCUCUGCCUGAAGAUUGGCUUCCACACAGCUUCCAGGAAGUUGUCUGUGGAGAUCGGGGGAGCCAAACGCCUGUACGCCCUGGAUAACCUGGUCUCCUCCAUAGUCCUGCUGCCCUGGGUCAUAGUGCUCUCAGCCACCACAGAGAGCAAAGUGGAGUCAUGGUCGGCUCUUAUCCUGCCAUUUGGGAUGAUCAUCUUCUCUGUGAUGAUCCUGGAGUUCUAUGUAGAGUCCAUCUGCAUCACCAAGAUGGAGGCUCCCAGGUGUGCCCGCUACGGCUCCAUCUUUCUCUUCCUCAGCGGGCUGCUGCUGGCCAACUUCUGGACCCACCCGCUGACGGAACAGCUCCGGACCAUGAGCAAGACCCCCCAGCAAGAGAGCACAGAGACCGAGCAUGUGCUCUCUGGGGGGGUGCUGGUCAGUGCAGUCUUCUUCAUCAUGGCUGACAGCAUCUUGUCGUCACCAUCGAAGAAGGGUCAGAAGGGGACCUUGGUGGGGUAUUCCCCAGAGGGAACCCCUCUGUAUAACUUCAUGGGGGACGCCCUGCAGCACACGUCCCAGUCUCUGCCCCGCUUCAUCAAAGACUCCCUCAAACAGAUUCUGGAGGAGUAUGAUUCCAGACAGAUCUUCUACUUCCUCUGUCUCAAUCUGGCUUUCACGUUUGUGGAGCUCUUCUACGGUGUGUGGACCAACAGCCUGGGCCUGAUCUCUGAUGGCUUCCACAUGUUGUUUGACUGCUCUGCUCUAGUGCUGGGCCUCUUUGCAGCUCUCAUGACACGCUGGAAAGCAACCAGGAUAUACUCUUAUGGAUAUGGCCGGGUUGAAAUUCUCUCUGGAUUCAUCAAUGGCUUGUUCCUCAUGGUCAUAGCUUUCUUUGUCUUUGUGGAGUCGGUCACCCGACUCGUAGACCCUCCCAACAUUAACACAGACAUGCUGACACCUGUGUCAGUUGGAGGGCUCCUCGUCAACCUAGUGGGUAUCUGUGCCUUCAGCCAUGCCCACUCCCACGGUGCUGCUAAAAGCAACUGUUCAUCACAUGAUCAUGGCCACUCCCACGGGCAUGGGCACAGCGAGCACGGGCACUCUCAUGGGGGACAUGGGCACGGUGGAAACGGGCAUGGGCAGAGCAGCCAUGGACACAGUCAUGGAAGCAGCCAUGGCCACUCCCAUGGCGGGGGCAUGAAUGCCAAUAUGAGAGGUGUCUUUCUGCACGUGUUGGCUGACACCCUGGGCAGUGUUGGUGUGAUCAUCUCCACAAUCCUCAUUCGUCAGUUUGGCUGGUUGAUCGCUGACCCCAUCUGUUCCCUCUUCAUCUCCACCCUCAUCUUCCUCAGUGUCAUCCCGCUGCUGACAGAUGCAGCUGAAGUCCUCCUCUUGAGGACGCCUCCUGAACAUGAGAAGGACCUCAACAUCGCCCUGGAAAAGAUUGAGAAAGUAGAAGGUGUGCUAUCUUACCGCGACCCUCACUUUUGGAGACACUCAGCCAGUGUCAUCGCAGGAACGAUUCACCUGCAGCUGAUGUCAGACGUUGUGGAGCAGAGAAUCAUACAGCAGGUGACUGCUAUUCUGAAAGAUGCCGGGGUGAAUAAUCUAUCUGUCCAGGUGGAGAAGGAGGCCUAUUUCCAGCACAUGUCUGGCCUCACUACUGGAUUCCAUGAUGUUCUGGCAAUGACACAACAAAUGGAGUCCAUGAAUUAUCUGAAAGAUGGAACAUGUAUCAUGUGGAACGCAGCGAAUGGGAUUCGAGUAAGCCUACAUUUAAACCACGGUGAUUCACUCUUUGGUAUUGUACAGUGCAGUGUUUUCUGUCUUCAGCAAAUCAACUCAUCUUUCGAAAUGGCUCUCCCUAUGACCAGAAGUCGCCUGGCUUCCUCAGAGAACCAAACUACUCUGCCGGGCAAGGCUGUUUUGGGAGCUAAGCCUACACUGAGACCACGAGCUGCGCUCGGCGAAAUCGGAAAUGUUGGAGUCCCCAGACAGACUUUGAAAAAGAAUGCAAAGGCAGAAACCACUAAAGUGGUUGACAGGAAGAUCAGCACGCGAGCUGAAAAAGCCCAGGUGGUUCAACCACCAAAAAUAGUAGUUUUUGCCCCUGUUCAGGUUUUGCCUGAGCCAAUGUCUCCCACACCAAUGGAGACCUCUGGCUGUGCUCCCAACGAGCUGUGCCAGGCCUUCUCAGAUGUCCUACUUAAUAUCAAGGAUGUAGAUGCUGAUGACUAUGACAACCCCAUGCUCUGCAGUGACUAUGUGAAGGACAUCUACAAAUAUCUCCAGAAACUUGAGAUUGAUCAGGCUGUCAAACCCAACUAUCUGGAGGGACAGGAAAUUACAGGCAACAUGCGUGCUAUCCUCAUCGAUUGGCUUGUCCAGGUCCAAAUCAAGUUCCGCCUGCUGCAGGAGACCAUGUUCAUGACUGUGGGAAUCAUUGAUCGCUUCCUUCAGGAUAACCCAGUGCCCAAAAAGCAGCUCCAGCUUGUUGGUGUGACAGCCAUGUUCAUUGCCUCCAAAUAUGAGGAGAUGUACCCUCCGGAGAUCGUAGACUUUGCCUUUGUUACCGACCAGGCCUACACCACUGCACAGAUCAGGGACAUGGAGAUGAAGAUCCUACGGGUGCUGAAGUUCAGCUUUGGCCGCCCUCUCCCCCUCCAGUUCCUCAGAAGGGCCUCAAAGAUUGGCGAGGUGACUGCUGAGCACCACACCCUGGCAAAGUACUUUGUGGAGCUCACCAUGGUGGACUACGAGAUGGUGCACUUCCCUCCCUCCCAGGUGGCCAGUGCAGCCUUUGCCCUCACCCUGAAGGUCUUCAACUGCGGCGAAUGGAGCUCCACACUACAGCAUUACAUGAACUACACAGAAGACAGCCUGGUCCAUGCCAUGCAGCACAUCGCUAAAAAUGUUCUGAAGGUGAACGAGGGACAAACUAAGCAUAUGACGGUCAAGAACAAGUACUCUAGUCAGAAGCAGAUGAGAAUUGCAACUAUUUCACAGCUAAAGUCUUCGCUGAUCAAGGACCUUGCAAAACAACUCACCCUAUGAGAUGCCUGCUGGAGCUAUGUGCUGCUUGUACUGUACAGAAUGUAUGACUUAUAUGUUUUUAUUUUUUUAGUUAAGUCUUAACAACUGGGAGAAAUGUUAGUGUUGAAGUGUACAGCUUGUGUUCCAACACCUGGGUGUUGGACUUCCUGGUAAUUAAAUGCAUUGACCUAAAGUAGGUAUGUUCUGCCUGGCAAUCAAUAACUUGCAUGUAUGAUCAAGACAUAUUAAUGCCAAUAAACAUUUUAUAAACUUUUAA